CUGAGUUGCAGUCCAAGACUGUGAGGCACAUGAGAAAGAAAACCAUAUAAAGAAGGAAUAAGAAGAAGCUUGGGGAUUUUAGGUCUUAAAAAAAGAAUCUACUUCAUCUAAAUAUUCAUAUUUCCUGCAUGAUUUUUCUUGAAAACUUUGAAUGAUUAACAGCCAGCAUGCAUUUGAAAACUGGAUUAAUAUUUUUGGUCAUUUGCCUUGCUCUCCAAGUUCAUGGAAGCAAAGAAAUCCCUAAUAAAAUAAAUCGUGGUGAAGUCAAGCAUCUUGCAGAUACCUCAGGGUCAGAUAAAACAGAAAGAACAACAAAGAGGUCCAGAGUGUCAACCAUAAGGCGAAUAUUUGACAUGGCAAAGCAUCGAACAAAGAGGUCACCUUUCUUCUCAACUGGUGUGAAAGUUUGCCCACAAGAAUCAGUAAAGCAGAUUUUAGCAAGUCACCAAGCUUACUAUAGAUUACGAGUCUGCCAGGAAGCUGUGUGGGAAGCCUUUCGUAUUUUUCUGGAUCGGAUUCCUGAUACUUAUGAAUAUCAGAAUUGGGUUACUGCCUGCCAGAGGGAGACCUUCUGCAUCUUUGACAUUGGCAAAAACUUCAGCAAUUCCCAAGAGCAUCUAGAAAUUAUCCAGCGGCGAGUAAAACAUAGAACCUUCCAGGAAAGGAAGGAUGAAAUAUCCACAGAGAAAACAGGUGGCAAAAAGCUGGAAGACAUUCCUUCCAUUUCUACAGGCUCCCCUGGCGCCUCCCUCUCUCCCUACGCGCCAGUGCCCAAUGGGACGCUGCUCAAUGAAAUCGUCAACGACACAAAGACUCCCGUGAAGGAGCUGGGAACAAAUGCUGUUCCGGAACUGCCCGUGGAGCAAAUGGUGGAGUUCAGCGUCACUCUCACCGAUCAGGAGUAUACGCCUGAGCUUAGUGACCCUGACUCCCCACAGUACAGGCAGCUUGCUGCCAAGUUUCAGCUCCAGAUGCAAAAAAUAUUUGAGAAACUUCCAGGAUUUAAAGAAAUCCAUGUAUUAGGAUUUAAACAGAAGAAGGAAAAAGAUGGAUCAAGCAGCACUAUAGCACGAUACGUGGUAAACUUUGAGAGAGAUGGCUCAGACAUCAAAAGCCCAACAGAUGACCUCACAACCAUUGGCUCUAAUAAGGUUGAAAAUGAAAAAACUCCACUUUCUCCAAAGGAAGAGAAGGAGGUAGCUGCAAGUAAACUCACCGUGACUGAUCUUCAGCAGCUGGUUGCCACAGCACUCCACGAGGACAGGUCUCUGCCCGUGGACCUUGGAACACUUCAGUUUACUGAUGAAUCUAUUAAACCGUCUAGUGAUUCUGAUAAUGACAUCCAGUCCAUGGUCACUAUUCCUCUAGCUCCCCCUGAGCUGGAGGACUCCAUGAAUGUUGAACUUCCACUACCUUAUCCCAGCCCAGCACUGGUGGAACAAACAGGAGAAACCUUAACCAGUGGAUUUGCAACUGAAAUCCCUGUGCUUAGUGGAGAAAUCAGGGUCCCUGAAGACUUUAAUAAUUUUGUUUCAUCUGAAACUGCAUUCCCUACCAAACCUCCUCGAGAACUGUCUCGAGAGAGAUUUCCUACAAGCACAGAAGAUACCACUGCUGACCAGCAAAGUUUCACAGUGCCUUUCAGUGCUCUGCUUAGCACACACAGUCCUUUGAAACCAGAGGGUUCCUAUUUGCUUCCUCCAGCAGAUGAGUAUACCAGCAACGAAUUAAUCACUGAUGACUUGGAGCCCCCAACAGAGCAGGCUGUCACACUGGCAGUUUAUACCACAGAUGAUACCUUUAUCCCAAUCACUUUCCUGGAUGCCAGUGAUGAGAAGAGUGAAGCAGAGAUGGARAAAGAGCUGACUGGAAUCACAGCACCACCUUUCAAGGAAGCUGACCAAGAUGAUCUGGCUGGACAAGCAGUUAAGAUCAUGGAUCUACCAGAAUCCUCCGGUGAUGACAUUUUGGUUACAGCCAGCCCUUACCUUCACACAAAAACGUUGCCUUUCUUUAUCGGUGACCUCUCUGCCGCCCAGCCUGGAGAUAUUAUUGCAGAUGCGCUGCCGUCAGAGCAGGUCGUGGUGCUGCCUCCAGCGACCAGCCCAUCCCACGGCCUGUCCCUCAUCAUCGACCAGUCCCUCGAAGUAACGGACUCGGUGCCGGCAGCCGGCAGCGCYGCUCCCGUGAGCGCUGAGGCCGGAGUGCCGGAUAUCGCGGCCGAGGUGGACAGCGUCAGUGAGAUGAGCACGGCAGCCCUGGAUGAAGUGGAGCACGGCAGUGGGUACAUCUCAGUGCUGAGAACUCACCCUGCAGAAGCCACCCCAGCUCCUACGCUGAAGUAUGUAACUACCAGCUCCAUGACCACUGCAGCCAAAGGCAAGGAGCUAGUGGUUUUCUUCAGCCUCAGGGUAACCAACAUGCACUUCUCCGAUGACCUCUUCAAUAGGAGUUCUUCAGAAUACAAAGCGCUAGAACAACAGUUCAUGCAAUUGUUACUUCCAUACCUUCAGUCCAACCUUACAGGUUUUAAACAACUUGAAAUACUUAACUUCAGGAAUGGAAGCGUGAUUGUCAACAGCAAAAUGAAAUUUGCCAGAACAGUGCCAUACAACAUCACGGAAGCAGUACACUGUGUUUUGGAAGAUUUCUGCGAUGCUGCAGCUGAGCGCCUCAAUUUGGAGAUUGACAGCUAUUCCCUGGACAUUGAGCCAGCUGACCAGGCAGACCCGUGCAAGUUCAUGGCCUGUGACGAGUUUUCCGAGUGCGUAACCAACGAGUGGAGCAAGGAGGCCGACUGCCUGUGCAAGCCGGGCUACGCGAGCCGGGACGGGCUGCCCUGCCRGAGCCUCUGCGAGAUGGAGCCGCAGCUCUGCGUCAACGGAGGCAAGUGCGAGCUGGUCCCAGGAACAGGAGCUGUCUGCAGGUAA